AACAGCUGAUAUAUAUAACGUGGAGAAUCACCGCUGAGGAAUAUUGCAAACUUGAAAUUCUAGAAAAGAGGAUUGGAUAUUAAUUGGCUGUCGUGGUUAUUGUUAAUGGUUCACUUUUCAUGAUGAAUGACAAAUUUGGGAGGCACUCGGUCGUAUUUCAGAAUUUGGAUCAUUUGCCUGUAGAGAAAGUACAGCUGGCUGUGCAAGAGAAUGGAACCACACGGUCUGUUUCGGCUUUGUCAAAUUUUUGGGUGGAGAAGCGACACUUUCUACACUAUGAGGAGCCAUUUAUUUAUGGAGAUAAUGGGCAGGAGAUCCUGGGAUCGAAAGACAGAUGGUUGAAGAUUUUGAAUCAUUUAAAUAAGGAUUUCCAGUGGCUGCUGUGUCUCCCUUAUCACAAAUUCUGGUCUAAUAUUAUUUACAACGAAUCCAUAAUCAAGUCAAUGUCAAUUUUCCUCGUCGAUUCUCCGACAUUUUACACCAUUGAGAAAUUCCCCAACGACGAGAGAAUGCAUGGAGCUUUUGAACAUCUCGCUCGUAACGUCCUGAUAACAUUCGCGAGAAUAGUGACGAACCAAGAGAGUUCAAUUGAGUUCAUGGAUAAAGACUACCACGGUAAAUUGAUAUACGAUAAAUAUCUGAUGACAGUUACAAUCAUGUGGGAUCUGUGUCAACUCUACGGUCGUGAUAAUGAUAAAGUCGUGGAGAAGAUAGUCAGCAGUGCGAUUAAACUGAAUCCCCUGUAUUCAACUGAUUUCAAACAGGCUGUUGCAUUUCUCAUCGAGGUCUUCACAACCAUUGAACAAAAAAUUGAAAAUUCGAGAUCAAAAGACCUAGAGAUGAGUGUUAAAGACAUUGAAGAUAUGGUAGUGCAUUUACUGGAUCUCUCGACGACUAUUGAAGUCUUUUUGAAGAUAUAUUCUCCAGCUAUUCAGUUGUUUUCUACAGACAACUUCAUUGCAAAACUAGUAACAGUUUACGGGACAACUCUCCCCCAGAUCUACAAACAAUUAGAGAUCAUCGGUUGUGAUGAGGAUAAUCUGAUUGACUACGCUGAGACAAAGCAUUUCCUAGAAAUCACGAGAGUAUCGAUGAUCAAGGUCUUCAGGACCAUUAUCCACCGAGACAUUGCUCUGAUCCUGGAACAGCCUGAUCCAUCCAAAGACAAGGACGCCAGUCAACGUGUGGACAAGUUUCUGAAUCACCUGACUGCAACUGUUAUGGAGAAGGACUUCCUCAAGGAUUACAACACAUUCUACCCCAUCGACAUUGAUCUAGAUCUUGUUGCCCAAAUAACUGAUGAGAUCGAUCACUUGAAGAAGAAUUUUAUACUUCAGUCUGUCUCUCUGGCAUUAGUGGACCAAAAUCUUCCUAUUAAUGCUAUUGAUCCAUCCAUCAAUUGUUUCCAGAAUUCAUCCAGGAUUCAUUUAAACGCUUCAGCUAGCCACAAAAAAAAUCAUGAAACACCCCAGACAAAUUAUGUGAAUAACACUCCUGCUGAUACUAAAAAUCAAGAGGAUGGACUGCUAGAUCUCAUCAAAGAAGUGAAAGGAAUAAUGUGCCACUUGGGAGAAGGAUUCAUCGCUCAAUGUCUGAAGCACUACAAUAACAACCCAUCAGCUGUGAUAAACGCCCUCCUGGAGGACAGUCUACCGCAGGACCUGAAGGGGCUGGAUCGAGAGCUGCCUUAUAUCCCACCAGAUCCUAUGGCAGCUUCCGCAGCUGUUGACGAGACACUCGGUUUCCAGCGUCUCAAUGUCUUUGAUGGGGAUGAAUUUGACAUCAUGACUCGUGAUAGCAUCGACACGACGAGGGUUCACAAAGGAAAAAAAAAAGACAAAUACAAAAAUCUCGACGAAAUGUUGAACGACAAGUCAUUUAAGAACGAGAUGUCAACUAUCUACCAAAAAUAUGGAAUCGUUGAAGAUGAAUACGACGACGAGUAUGAUGACACUUACGACAGUCAAGACGUGGGUCCUGGAGGUGUAGAUGACCCCGUGGAGAUGGAUGCCAAGUCCUUCACAAUCCCCAGGAUCUUACGAGUAGCAGAAAAACCUGAAGAGCGCCUGUCAGAGGAUGACAAUGACGAAGAGGAGGAAUCAAAACCUCAGACGAGUCAAAAUGGCAAAGCAAAUUUCUGUGAGAAUCCAGAGGUAUUGAGAGCAAGAGCUGAACAGCGUCGAUUAUCGAGGGGUGGAGUUAGGAAUAAACCCCAGGGGGAUGUGGUUGGAAAGCCCAAGGGUCAGGGGAACGAGAAGGACGUUCUUGUGAAUAGGGAUAAGAAGAACACCAAUAAAUCGUCAAGGGCUAAUCAUAACAGAAGGUCUGGAGCCGAGUGGAAGCGACGGCAGGGCAUGGUACCAUCUUAAUGGAUGAAUUGAUGAGAAAUUGAUAGAUUUUAUUAAAAAAUGUAAUAUUCAAUGUAAAAAUUAUCUUUAUUAAAGAUUAAAAUGUUUAUAUGAAAAUGA